AUGGAGGCCAAAACAUUUUAUCUCCAUGUCCUCCUCUUUCUUUUCAUCUUCUCUCAGUUUUCGCUCUCAGCUCCUAAAAGGCUCCUAAGAAAACCUUCCGUUCUCUCAUCAUCAGCAAGCUUGUCUAAUGCAGAAAGGCUUAUCAAAUCCUUCAAUCUCAUGCCUCAGCAUGAUGUCAACGUCAUCGCAAAGGGAAGUCUCGAUGCUCCGAGACUUGUUGAGAACCAGUUCGAUUUCUCGGAGAUUAUGGGCGCCGGAAACACUUCCAAAGGUCCUUCGGUACAAGAGUUUGGCCACUACGCCGGUUACUACAGCCUCCCUCAUUCCAAAUCAGCCAAGAUGUUCUAUUUCUUCUUUGAGUCACGGAACAACAAUACCGAUCCGGUUGUGAUCUGGUUAUCCGGUGGACCGGGUUGCAGUAGCAGCCUGGCUAUGUUCUAUGAGAACGGUCCGUUUAAGAUCUCGGAUGAUCUCUCUCUUUCUUGGAACGAUUUUGGUUGGGACAAGGUCUCCAAUCUAAUCUACGUUGACCAACCAAUCGGGACCGGUUUCAGCUACACAUCGGACGAUAGUGAUAUCCGGCACGACGAGACUGGUGUCAGCAAUGACCUUUACGACUUCUUACAGGCUUUUUUCAAAGCGCAUCCGAAAUUCGCAAAAAACGAUUUCUUCAUUACCGGUGAGUCUUACGCCGGUCACUACAUUCCAGCUUUGGCUUCACGUGUACACAGUGGAAACAAGAAGAACGAAGGAAUUCCAAUCAACCUCAAGGGUUUUGCGAUUGGUAACGGGUUAACCAACCCGGAGAUUCAAUAUGGUGCAUAUGGUGAUUAUGCUCUGGAAAUGAAGUUGAUCUCAGAGUCCGAUCACGAGAGUCUCAAGAAAGAUUAUGUUGGAUGUCAAAAUAUCACUAAACAAUGCAACGUUGAUGGUGGUGACGCGUGUCAACUUGCAUACGUAGUUUGCAGCGACAUCUUCAACCAGAUAAUGGAUAAAAUAGAUGGCAAAAAUUACUAUGACGUGAGGAAGGAAUGUGUGGGGAGCUUGUGUUAUGACUUUUCGAAGAUGGAAAAAUUCUUGAACCAAGACAACGUACUAAAAGCCUUAGGAGUUGGAGAUAUAAAAUUUGUUUCUUGUAGUACAACAGUGUAUGAAGCAAUGAUGGAUGAUUGGAUGGUUAAUCUUGAGGUCAAGAUUCCGGCUCUUGUCGAAGAUGGAAUCAGUGCCCUUGUUUAUGCCGGAGAAUAUGAUCUCAUCUGCAACUGGCUUGGAAACUCUAGGUGGGUUGAGCAGAUGAAUUGGUCAGGCCAGAAGGAUUUUGGAUCAGCUAAAACAGUACCGUUCCUGGUAGAGGGUAAAGAAGCUGGUUUGAUGAAGAAUCACGGUUCUCUCACUUUUCUUAAGGUUCAUGACGCUGGACACCUGGUUCCGAUGGAUCAGCCAAAGGCUGCUUUGCAAAUGCUCCAGACUUGGAUGCAAGGAAAGCUCGCUACUCCGAAUGGUGCUGAAAGUUCGUCCAUGAUUCUAAAUGUCUAA